CUUCAGAGUGCAGGCUGUUGUGAUCUGUGGCUUGGCCUUUAGACCAUGUGGUGGCCCUGAGGACCAGUAUUUGGGAACAUCCUGUCUAGGCAUCCCUGCCGGAGAGACAGAACCAUGGCUGUAGAUAGCUGGCAUACAUGGGUAGCCAUCAAGGUUGCUAGACCUCUGGGCAGACCAUUUUAGGGACUCCGUAAUGGAAAAUGGAAAAAAAUUCAGAAAAUGGCUUUCAGCUAAUGGUCUUGUUUAACUAGCUCUGAAAACAGCUGAAGUACUCAUGUAAACCAAGCAAUUCCCAUUGAUUUCCAGCAAUUUCAAGAAAGAAUGUUUGAAAUUCCCAUUUUCUAUGUGUCUGUAGCCUUGUGUAAUUGUAACUGUGCAUGUUUCAACCCUGGGAAGUGUUGCAGCAGUGUUAAAAAUGGAUUAAAUUCUACCAGAGAUCAGGGCGCCCCGUCCCGGCUGCCGGCUCUGCGGGGGCUGCCCACCAUGACCGGGCCGAGGCUGGCCCUCGCCGCCGCGCUCCUCUGCAGCUGUACUUCGCCGGUGGCCGACGCCAACUCCUGGUGGUCUUUGGCCAUGAACCCUAUCCAGAGACCUGAGAUGUACAUCAUUGGCGCGCAGCCGGUGUGCAGCCAGCUGCCGGGGCUCUCCCCUGGGCAGCGCAAGCUCUGCCAGCUCUACCAGGAGCACAUGGUGUUCAUCGGGGAGGGGGCCCGCAGCGCCAUCAAGGAGUGCCAGUACCAGUUUCGGCAGCGGCGGUGGAACUGCAGCACGGUGGACAACACCUCUGUCUUCGGACGGGUCAUGAAAAUAGGUAGCCGAGAGACUGCUUUCACCUAUGCCGUCAGUGCUGCCGGGGUGGUGAAUGCCAUCAGCCGGGCUUGCCGUGAAGGAGAGCUCUCCAGCUGUGGCUGCAGUCGGACAGCUCGGCCCAAGGACUUGCCCCGAGACUGGCUGUGGGGCGGCUGCGGGGAUAAUGUGGAGUAUGGAUAUCGUUUCGCCAAGGAGUUUGUGGACGCCAAGGAGAGGGAGAAAAACUAUGUGAGAGGUUCAGAGGAACAGGCUCGCAUGCUCAUGAACUUGCAGAACAACGAGGCUGGUCGCAGGGCUGUGUACAAGCUGGCGGACGUGGCCUGCAAGUGCCAUGGUGUAUCAGGCUCCUGCAGCCUCAAGACCUGCUGGCUGCAGCUGGCUGACUUCCGCAAGGUGGGUGACUUGCUGAAGGAGAAGUACGACAGUGCUGCGGCCAUGAGGAUCAGCCGCAAGGGCAAGCUGGAGCUGGUGAACAACCGCUUCAACAUGCCGACGCAAGAGGACCUGGUCUACGUUGACCCCAGCCCGGACUAUUGCCUGCGCAAUGAGACCACUGGUUCUCUGGGCACCCAGGGCCGCCUGUGCAACAAGACGUCGGAGGGCAUGGAUGGGUGUGAGCUGAUGUGCUGCGGACGGGGUUAUGACCAGUUCAAGAGCGUCCAGGUGGAGCGUUGCCACUGCAAGUUCCAUUGGUGCUGUUACGUCAAGUGUAAAAAGUGCACAGAGAUUGUCGACCAGUAUGUCUGUAAAUGAAAGGAGCCACCAAAGCAACAAAUCUAUAUUAUAUAAAUCUAUAUAAAUAUAUUUUAUAUUUGUAUAAAUAAACAGAUGAUGAUAAUAAUUAAAGAAGCUUAUUUAAGAGACA